AUGGUCUUCGGUUCAGAUUACUUAGACGAGGUGAUGCUCCUGAAUCCACCAGAGAAGGCUCUGCCAGACCACCUCCUGGAUGUGUAUUACUCUUGUGAAAGACCUGCCACUGUGCAGCUGGACUUGAUCGUGUUUUUUGACACUGGUCGCAUCCGUGCGUUCCGGCUGAACCACUGGAGAUGUGACCCCGAUGAUCCCUCAGUGAAGACUGUGAGGCUGAACCUGCCUGAUUGGCUGGUCUAUCAAGCUGAUGGGGUUGUUCCUGAAUCUCAGUGGGUGCUGAGCUGUAUGCUGGAAGCUGCGGUCACAUACCCUCAUGUAUUUAGUGACGAAGAGGAGUUGGUUGCAGACAAUGAUGUGGCGUUUUUGAAACCGAUUCCUGUUUUUGAGCGACCUGUAAAAAGGCAUCAGCUGUGCCUUCCAUGGAGUUUGUCAAUGCUGAAGUUGAAUCCACACUUCUUACAAAAACAAUGUCCAGUGGAACAAGGUAAGGUGUUAAAGUAAGAGGAAACAUCCUAAAUCAUAUCUACCUUUAGUUUAACAAGUGUUAGGGUCAAAGGUUAAUACCCCAGCUGCUUCAUAAAGUUUGCUUUCACUUUUAAACUCUCAAAUCUUGACUUAAAGGGAUCUUCCGGUGUAAAAUUAAUUUAGGGUCGAACACACUGUAACGCUGAGUUAGACACCCUGUCAAGAGAUAAACAUAGCGAUACAGAGAGCCACACUCUCAAGCAAAAAGCUUCUCUAUAGCCACAAAUAAUGCUCAGAACAGCACCUGACUUCAUCAACAGUACAUAUAGGGUCCCAGCCACAGCACUAGCCACCAAACAUCUUUUAACUUUGCCUAAUUUCUGUAGCAAAGAGACUAAACACAACUCACCAUCUCUCUUCCAGCAGCCGCUUGUUUGUGCGGAGACCUCAGGCUGGUCCAUUACGGACUGCUGUGGGGUGACGCAGCUCGAGGAAGAACAUUUAUGAUAAUUUCUUUAUCAUUUCCUUGAAGUGAUAAUCACUAUAUUAUCAUUUUGCACUGCAGACGUGGUAGUUCUUCUGACUUAGCGUCUCAGUCUGAUUGCAUUCCCAUAAAGAAAUGAUCAUAAAUGUUCUUCCUUGAGCUGCGUAACCCCCGCUGUUGUCGAUGGACUCGCCUGGAGGGCUCCGUACAAACAAGCGGCUGCUGGAAGAGAGACGGUGUGUAGUGUUUACUGGAGAAAUCAGGCAAAGCUAAAAAGAUGUUUGGUGGCUAGUGCUCCGGCUAGGACCCUAUGUGUACUGUUGAUGAAGUUAGGUGCUGUUCUGAGCAUUAUCUGUGGCGUUUUGGUUGAGCGUGUGGCUCUCUGUAUCUGCGGUCGUUACUUAAGUUGGUAUAACUAGAGAAGUAAGCGGUCGGCAACACUCAUCUCUCGACGGGGUGUCUAACAUCCCUUUAAAAAUUGUUCGGGUCAAUGGUUAAUAUGCUAGCUGCUUUCUAAAGUUUGCUUUCGCUUUUAAACCCUUAAAUCUUGACUUGAAAACAGAAACGGUUGAGUUAUUCUCCUCCGUAUUCGCCUCGACUGGAAAAAACUUGGGCAUCACAAAGACGCUGAACCCUUUCAACAACAAAGCCCUGGAGUAUUCACGCGUCAAAGGAGUCUCUUCUCCGCGGUAAGAUGACCAAAGUUUAACUUAACUGUCUGUCCUGCUAAUUCAGAUGUUGCUCAGAGUAGGUGUGCCCUAUUUUUUGUCAGGUGUAUGUUCUCUAUGUGGAUACUGGUGACCAGACACUGCCAAGGAAAGCUGUGUGGAUUGUUCCAUCAUAUAGACGACCUUAAUGACUACGUCUCACCAGCACUGUUCCUCACACACUCGGGUAUACUUUAAAAAAGUCCCCUCUCACCUUUCAUAUGUUUUUAUCACGCUGCUAUAACACACUUAAGUUUCUGUCACCUCAUUCUGCACAGGCCAGCUUCACAUCCAGAUGACUGGAGGCGCAGGGGAGUCUUCUGCAUACCUCUCUCCAUUCAAGGUGCAUUUAAGAGAGUGGUGCCAAAUCACUGUGAUGGUGCUCGUGACGAGGGUGAGUAGAUGUCUCUGUCAUACCAGAUCUACCAGGGAUUACUGACACAUGUGAAGGUCAAACUUAGCAACGACAGACACAAACUCAAAGUUAUUCACAAGGGCUUCAAACUAAAAGAGUAACAUGUGAAUCCUCAAGGAGAAAACACAAAUCUACAACUGCAAGUGUGCUAUAUUGAAACCUCAAGGUCAUAGUGUAAAAAAUUAGAGCUAAUAUUUAAAGGCUGUUAAAGGGAUAUUCCGGCAGGGAUGGACUGGUCAGGGUCUUGCAACAAAUAAGCGGCUGCUGGAAGAGACACGGUGAGUUGUGUUUAGUCUCUUUGCUAAAGAAAUUAGGCAAAGGUAAAAUAUGUUUGGUGACUAGUACUAUGGCUAGGACCCUAUAUGUACUGUUGAUGAAGUUUGGUGCUUUUCUGAGCAUUAUAUGUGUCCAUAGAGUGGCGUUUUGGUUGAGGUUUGUUUAUGGCUCCUCAGACCGUUGUGUAUUGCUAUUGUGUGGUCUUUACUAAAGUUGGUAUAACUAGAGAAGCAAGCAGUCUGCAACAUUCAUCUCUCCAGGGGGGGUCUAACUUGGUGUUAUGGUGUGUUUGACUCUAAAUUAGUUUUACGCCGGAAUAUCCCUUUAACUACAGUGGCCAGACCAUGCUACCUGUUAAGGCUCACUACUGUGCAGUAUAUGAAAAUAACAUGGCUGUUGUUGUUGUUGCAUCCCAGGUGACAGUCUCCAUGGUGUGUAUAGAUAUGGAGCAGAGGACAAAUUAUUAUGUGGACGAUAUGUAAGUCUUCUUCUUCUAACAUGUCAUAAUCAAAAAGUUAUAUUCACAUUUUCAGUUUUAACAUAAGCGCUGUUUUAGGUUUCGUCAUGAUAUCACGCUGGAUGACACAGAAGGACAAUUUGUGAUCGGUGGAAGUAAAUACAUCAAAAGUGUGGAGGGCUAUUAUGGACCACUAGUUUACCACCGCAACAGAGUGUUACCUCUGACCAUGGUAAAGUACAACACCUGCCCACAGUUACUGCCCACGUCUGCUUUCCAGCUAAUGUUGGUUUGAUCACUUUAUUUUCUGCAGUCUGAAGUGGUUAUUCCAGAUGUUGUCAGGGCUGUGAAUCUGACUGGAUGGCUGCACACAUGUCAAGCACUUCAUCAGGAGAUAAACAUGAAGAUCGUUGAAUAUUCCCACCAAGCCAAACAGAGCCAAGAGCCUGGUAGUAAACCUUUAUGUCCACCAGAUGGUGCUAAAAAUUUCUCCACAUGGUGCAAUUUACAGCUUUUAUUUCCUUUAAAGAAACUAACUAGAGUUGUUUUAUCCCAGACACCUGCUUUGAUUUUUACUAUGAGUGGAUGAUAAACAACAGGCAGCCAUUACAACCACAGUGUGAGCUGUGGGAGGAGACAUACCCUCGCAGGAGACAAGCGAUGAAACUGGUCAAGAUUUUAGCUUUUAAACAUGGUGAGAAAAAAAAAGUGUGAUAUGAUUUGUAAUAACAUUUUCUCCUUUUCGUAUUGUCAAGAUAAAGAAAGAAUGUUUACAGACGGACUAAUUCAGACCUCUUGAUGAAUAAAAAAGGACACAUUAAUCAUGCAAUCUGGUAAAACAGAAACCUUCAACCACCACAUGAACUGACUGUUAAAUAAAGAAGCAUUUUACACACAGUACAUUAUGCUGCUCAGCUCUUGUUUGAAGCUAUUAUAUUCACCAAUAAUCUGUCUAAAUUAUGAUCUGUCUGGAGGGUCAAGUUGGACAUAUUUCUCCAGACUCAAAUGCUGCUUCAGGAUCUUCACCAAAAUUUCAUAUGAGGUUGAGCAGCAUCGCUCCUUAUUGACUCACCAGCUCAUAAAAGAGCAGAGAAAACAUUUGAUAUUACUCACUAUUUACUGGCGAUGGCUGGAUACUUGCUGUUUCAUAGGUGUAUGACUCUCAAUUUCUGACCUGCAGGAGGAAGAGGAGUGAGUCUGGCAGCUGUGGGCAGAGCGCUGUACUCUUUAUCAAUUCACAGGCUGCACAGAGGAGGCAAAACUGAGGCGGUCAGCACAAUAUUACCGCUGCUGCUUCAAGCCGGCUGCUUAGCUGAUAACCGAGCUCUGCACAUGGCAUCAGUGCUCUACAGCAGCGGCCUGGGAGUCAAGAAACAGCCCUUUAAGGUGUGUGUGUUUCAGACCUAGGUGAGCUCAAGUGAAAAUGUGAGGUGAGGACUUUCACUUUUAUUACAACCUCACAUGCCCUUGUGUUUGUUUCAGUCCUGGCUCGUGGCCCUGCUGGCUGCUCAGGAGGAUGAUCGAUUAGCUCUCAUGCAUCUUGGGCACCUGCACCACCAGGGUCUGCAUGGCUUUCCUGUAGACCUAGCCCUGGCCUAUGCAUACUAUGCAAACAUUGCUUUGCAGACAGCUUCGGUCCGUCGUUAUCCUACACCAGAGCAGGUGAUACAUGCACGCAUUUUACCCUGAUACUCUGGUGCCUUAAUCACAUUAGGUGAUACAGUUGUGCUGCAUAUGGCAACAAACACAUAACUUUGAAACUUGGUGGGAUUAAGUCUCCAUCUUUUACUUUAUCUUUUUUUUAACCUAUACCUUUUGUAGUGUGAAAAAGUAAUUAAAUGAUACAAGGGUUUAAGAAAGAUAGAUUUUUUGUUAGACAGUAAUUUCAUCACAAUAGCUUGAAUGUGACUUAAAUACAGCUGUGUGCUAAUUUCAGUUUAUGAGGUGAUCACUUUUCUGCUCCUGUAUCAUUUAUUAGACCUGAAUUCCUUGAUUGAUAAAGUUUUGAACAGAUAUCAUGAACAGAUAUGUGAAUGUCCUCUUCCUUUUACAGAUGACGAUGGGUUUAGAUGAGGUGAUGCUCCUGAAUCCACCACAGGAGGCUGUGCCGAACCAUCUCCUUUACGUGUUUUACUCUUGUAAAGAACCUGCGAUGGUGCAACUGGAUUUAGUUGUGUUUUUUGACACCGACCUCUCAGAUAUAAUCCGGCUACACCACUGGAGAUGUGACCCUUUUGAUCCUACAAUAAAGCCCGUGAGGCUGAAACUGCCUGAUUGGCUGGCGUACCAAACUGAUGAGAUUUUCCCUGACUCCCUGUGGGUGCUGAGUGCUAUGCUGGAAGCUGCAGUCACAUAUCCUGUAUCUGAUGAUGGAGAGGAGUUGGUUAGUGCUGAGGAUGUGGCAACUAUGGAGCCCGUCCCUUAUUUUGACCGACCUGUGAAACGGCUUCAGCUGUGCAAGUCCUGGAGCACGCAAAUGCUUCUUUUGACUCCAAGAUUCUCAAAACAACAAUGUCCUUUGGAGCAAGGUAUGAAUCAUGGAUAGUAUGAUAACUUUACAUGCAGACAAAGGCACCUAAAGUCAUAAAUAAUGCAGCUUUUGUUAGGUCAUGAAGCCCAGUACUGUACUGGUCUGCAUAAAAUGGUUGUAAUUAGGGCUGGGCGACAUGGGAAAAAGUUUAUCAUAAUAUAUUUUUUUCAUAUUAGUCGAUAUUGAUUUGUAUCACGAUCUAAAAAAAACACUUGUCAAUCUUAAAUGUUCCCUGUUACUCUGAAAUGAAAUUUAACAUGUACUCGACAUAAUUUGCAGUGCACACUACUCUGCUUCAUGUCAGACCUCAAAAAAACAAAAUACUUCCACACCAUCGACAUUUUUGUGCCAGUGUUGUCGACGAUGUCAUCAUCUGUUGAGCCUUCUUUUGUUUCUCACUGACAGUGCUGUCGGCUUCGUGUGUUAAAGUGCUCUGGUUGCGUGUAGCUGCAGCCUGCUACCACGCAGUUGUUUGCUACUUGGUUCAAAUUCAGCACAUGAUUGGUUCAGAACGGUGCAGACGCGGAGCAACUCCCCUUUUCAUUGGCUAUUCGUACAGUCUACCAAAACAUGACAGAAUGCCAGCUAUUGAAAAGCAUAUUGACCAUGUUUCAUAUCAAUAUUGAGGGAAAUUGAUUUUUGAUAUAUAUUAUUAUCAUUUUAUCGCCCAGCCCUAGUUGUUAUCAUAGGUUUAGUCAUGUAAUAGAAACAUUUAAGUCUUAAGUGUACCAAUCAAAGAUCUCUUGUGUCGUCCAGAAACGGUUCAGAUGUUCUCAUCAGUUUUUGCCUCGACUGGAGAAAACUUUGGCAUCACAAAGACACUGGACCCUUUCAACAACAAACCCCUGGAGUAUUCACGUGUGAGAGCCAUCUCUUCUCCAUGGUAAAUAAUGAUCUCAGCCUCUAUGUUGUUGACAAAAGUGCCCUGAAGGGUGAGUGAGCUGUCCAUCUUUUUGUCAGGUGUAUGUUCUCCAUGUGGAUUUUGGUGACCAGACACUGUCAAGAAAAGCUGUGUGGAUUGUUCCAUCAUAUAGACGACCUUAGUGACUAUAUCUCACCGGCACUGUUCCUCACAAAGUCAGGUAAAGAUAAAGAGCUUUAGGGUCACCACAUACUGUAACUAUUCAGUGCUGUUUUAUGAACUGAAAUUGUCUUUAACGAUGUUUUUGCAGGCCAGCUCCACAUCCAGAUGACUGGAGGCUUAGGGGACUCUUCUGCACAUCUCUCUCUAUUCAAGGUGCAUUUAAGAGAGUGGUGCCGAAUCACUGUGAUGAUCCUCAUGAAAAGGGUGAGUAGUUUAAUGCUGAUCAAAUACUUUCACAUAGAGAAAAAAAUGAAUUUAAGGAGUAAUAAAGAGUAGAGUUGUUAUUGUUGCAUCUUAGGUGACGAUCUCCAUGGUGUGUAUAGAUAAGAAGCAGAAAACUGAUUAUUCUGGGAGUUACAUGUAAGUCUACUUUUGACGUCAGGAAGACAUUUUGCACUCUGAGUUGUUUUUGAUGUUCAUUUUUGAGUGCUGUGUUUUGCAGCUUUGAGAAUGGUAUCACGCUGGAUGACACAGAGGGCUACUUUGUGAUCGGUGGAGGUAAAUACACCAAAGGUGUGGAGGGCUAUUUUGGACCUCUGGUUUACCACCGCAACAAAGUGAUACCUCCAACCUUGGUAAAGUACAACACCUGCUUACAGAGGAUUUUGAUGCAAACUUACCAAAGUCAUCUGAGUCUUCAAUUCUUCUUUUCUGCAGUCUGAAGCUGUUAUUCCAGAUGUUGUCAGGGCUGUGAAUCUGACUGGAUGGCUGCACACAUGUCAAGCACUUCAUCAGGAGAUAAAUAUGAAGAUCAUAGAAUAUUCCCACCAAGCCAAACAGAGCCAAGAGCCUGGUAGUAAACUUUUAUGUCCACCAGAUGGUGCUAAAGUUGCUGCUCAUGAACCUUUAUCGUGCUCGCUGCCAGCUUUAACAAAACAGUCUUGUUUUUCAGACACCUGCUUUGAUGCUUUCGGGAAGUUGUUCGUCCAGAACACACAGCCUUCAAAACCACAGUGUGAGCUGUGGGAGGAAACGCACCCUCACAGAAAACUAUCCAUGAAGCUAGUCAAGAUUUUAGCUUUCAAACAUGGUGAGAAAAAAUAACCUCUACUGUGAGUUGACAAUAUUUACAUAUACUUAAGCACUGGUUACUGGAGCACCAUUAAUGUUAUAAGAUUAUCUACACCAUCACAUUCAGUCCCAUUUCAUGAUUUUCAGGAGGAAGAGGAGUGAGUCCGGCAGCUGUGGGCAGAGCGCUGUACUCUUUAUCACUUCACAGGCUGCACAAAGGAGGCAAAACUGAGGCGGUCAGCACAAUAUUACCGCUGCUGCUUCAAGCCGGCUGCUUAGCUGAUAACCGAGCUCUGCACAUGGCAUCAGUGCUCUACAGCAGCGGCCUGGGAGUCAAGAAACAGCCCUAUAAGGUGUGUGUGUUUCAGACCUAGGUGAGCUCAAGUGAAAAUGUGAGGUGAGGACUUUCACUUUUGUUACAACCCCCUUCCCCCUGCUUGUUUCAGUCUUGGCUCCUGGCCCUGCUGGCUGCUCAGGAGGAUGAUCGAUUAGCACUUCUGCAUCUUGGGCACCUGCACCACCAGGGCCUGCAUGGCUUCCCUGUAGACCUAGCCCUGGCCUAUGGGUAUUAUGCAAACAUUGCUUUGCAGACAACUGUAGACCGUCAAAAUCCCACACCAGAGCAGGUAAAACAUGCAUCUUUCUCUGGACGCUUUAGUGUUAAUUUUAACAAAUCAAAAUCAAAAAAGGGUGCAGAUAACCCUCUUUUGAUCACCUGAACCAACAUCAAUCCUUUCUUGCCAAAGAAGUACCGCACAGUGGUUUUAAACAACAAAAACAUUGCUGUUGUAAGAAAAGAGUGUAUAGUAUUCGGUUUUAACCCUGAGAGAAAGAUAAUAUCAAAUGUCAGUAUUGCAGUUUACAGCUGUACUUACAAUUUCUUUUGAAUAACUGCAUGUUUAGCAUAGCAAAGGCACAAAGUCGGUGGAAAUCCAACAACUUUUCAUGCUUCUCCUUUCCUUCAAAUUCUUUGUUUUUAGACGUUUGUUGAGGCAGUUUAUCUAAACAACGAAGAAGUGCUGAAUCUUCAGACAGAUAAGGACCAUCACAUCUUUCAGUGGCUGAAACUGCAGGCCCGCCAAGGAGCAACUGAGGCAGAGGUACCCUGUGCUGCCAUCUCUGAAUUUGAAAUUGCAUUAUACACAAACUUAGACAGUCAGAUAGAAACAGCCACACAUUAAUGCACUUUACUUUAGUUGGAAGUCCUAAAGUAAGCCUGUAAGGAUAAUAGCCCCAGACAUUCAGCCAUUAGAGUACAAUAAAAAUGAGUAAUCAUUUUAUUAUAACUGUCUUACAGAAUGCGAUUGGUCGCAUGCUGUUCUGGGGUCAGCAGGGUGUGUCUCCAAACAUCCAGGAGGCUGUGAGACACUAUGAAAGAGGAGCUGUACGGUGGGAGGACCCUGUGUCCAUGUAUGAUUAUGGCAUUGUCCUGCUGCAGGUCAGUAUCUCAUCCAAUGCAAAGUAAAGAUUUAUAUCCUAAGCUCAUUAUCCUUAAGUUAUAUGUCCUUUUCUUAAAUGUUUAUAUUUCUUUAGGGUCAAGGUGUUGAAAAGGACAUCCCAAAAGCUGUCGGUUUCCUAAAGAAAGCAAUGGAGAAGGUUUUGUAUUUUAAUAAAUCCUUUUUUUCUCUCCUUUGUAACAUUAGAGUCAGCUUGCAAAAAACAUCUUAUAGGUUUCACAACCUAUACCAUGUCUUUCGAUAUGUGCUUUCUGUAGAAUUUUGUUCCUGCGAUCAACGCCCUGGCCUGGUAUUACGAGCAGCAUGAGAAGGACUAUGAGAAGGCAGUGAAGCUGUGGGAGCAGGCUGAUCAACUCAAGAGUCCAGACGCUGCUUUUAACUUGGGGAUCAUGUACUCACAGGGUCUGUACCCUGGAAAAGCUGCUGACAAUGUAAGCUCAAGCAUUAUGACUCCUAUGCUGUGGUUACAGAUGAGUUUUUGGUUCUUACAGGGGACUUAAUAACUUGUGUUUUCAACAGUUUAUGGCCUAUCAGUACUUCCUGAAGUCUGCACAGAGAGGGCACAUCAGAGGGGCGGUUAAACUUGCAGAGACAUGGACUACUGGGAUACCAGGCCGAGUCGACAGACGUCCAUCAGAUGCUGUUUUGUUAGCACCUCAGCUUUUACAUAAUCUCAUUUUACUUUUGUAGCCCUCCUGCUAUGAUGCUGAAUUGUCUUUAACCUGCAUACAGGUGGGUGAAGUGGGCAGCUGGGCACAAUGGAUACCUGGGUCACGUCUUACGGAAAGGCUUGGAUUCAUAUCUGAAGAGAGACACGUAAUCUUUUCCUUCAAUCGCUCUCAAUGAUCCUUAACAGACUACCCGAUGGCGCUUUCAGCAACUGAUAAUAUGUCUUGCCAACAGGUUCAACUCCUUGUUAUAUUACAUGAUGGCGGCUGAAUGCGGGUACACAGCUGCACAAUUCAAUGUGGCAUAUCUUUGUGAACAAUACACGGUGGGUUAUUUCUGUCGUAGCUGUGUUGUCAUAAGACUGUUGUAUUCACUCUUGACAUUUAACUUUUCUUUUUUGAUCUGUAUGUCCUUAGGCAUCCAUUAGUCUGGAUCCUGCCUUUUCUUUAAGCUGCAUGUGGAGAUAUUAUAACCUUUCGAUCCAAAGUGAAAAUCCUAACCCAUAUGGUAACAAACUCUUCUUCGAGACUUCCAUAAGUGGAGACUCUUGUGCAAACGUUCAAUUUUUACCUGACCAAGCUCUAAUUCUGUCACUCCUCCAGCCUUGAUCAGAAUGGGUGACCUGUUGUAUGAGGGGCAGGCACAUAUGUCCAAAGACCUGUUUUCUGCGGCAAAGAUGUACACCCAUGCAGCACUAAGGCAGGAGCCACAGGUCAGCCUUUGUAGAAGUGUCAAGUAUUGCUCUGUAUAUAGAAUUCUUUUCAUGUCAGUGUUUAUUCAUAAUUACUCGUAGGUGUAAGUCACAUUCUUCUUCUUCCACAGGGAUGGUACAACCUUGGCCUCCUUGUUUCAGAGGGUUACAAGCUGCCGCUGUCAGUAUUGAUCAGACUCAGCCUUUCAGAGCUCUACCUGGAAGACAACAUAACGCUUCAAAGUGCCUUAUAUGAAAGGUAUGUUAGAGUUGAAUGUGUGUAUGAAACAGUUUUGAAAGUGCAUCAAAGGGUUUGCAACAUUAGUCUCUAAAAAUAAUUCUGUUUUGUCCCAACAGGUGCAGAGAUUCAGAGGAUACAGAUGGAUUCUUACCUUGCAGCCUUGCCCUUUACAAUGUUUAUUUUCAAACAUUUCAGAAAGACUACAACACCGCUAUUAAGGUUCGUGCAAGACAUAAAAAAUAGAUAAAAGAAAUAGCUUCUGAUAAAAUUUACCUUUAAGGCAUUAAGUAUUGUUUUUAGCAUUAUGAUACAAUGAAAUGUGAUAUGAUAUGAUACCAUACAUUCUGGUACAGCACCAUAUGCCAUGAUACGAUAUGAUACGAUAUGAUAUGGCUAUCAGAUAAUGAGGUAACCUACUACAGUGAUGUAUCUCCCUGUGAAAUGUAGUACAGCUGAAUUAUUCAGUAGUGUUUAUUUUAAAAUACAAGUAUAUCAUAAAUCUACUUAAAUACAUGACUUUUAUGGGAUAUAUUUCUGACACUGGCCACCAUUGACAGAUGAGAUGACAAAUCAGACUUACAAGUAUGAUGUGACGUUAAUGCUGAUGUUUUGGUUAUUGUUGUUUCCCACAGGUGACCACAGCAGUUGCAGUUGUUGCCACUUCAACAAUAUUCCUAAUCAUCCCAGUUGCAUUCAGAAGACCUGUGCUGUCCCUUCACUAGAGCCAAGAUCCACGUUGCAUACAAGAAGCAACAAACUGAGGGAUUUAGGGUUGAUUUGCACUUAAGCGGCACAGCGGCAUCUUGUUAGUUUCUUUAUCUUAAGUAAUGUAUAACUGUACUGAACAAAUCUUAUUGUUGUUUUGAAUAUGUUUUUGGUCAUUGGGUUUUUGCUGUUACAAGACUGUUUUUUUUCUGUGAAAUGAAUAAAUUGAAUUGAACUGACUGAGUCUAUGACAGAAAACCAUGACUACUGUUGAAACGACCAAUUAAAAGAUAAAAUCACUGUUAGAUUUAUGUUUGGGAAUAUUAAAACAGUCUAUAGAUGUUUAAUUAAUGCUAAUUAAAUUUCAA